GGUGCUGCGAGGGGGAGCGGGUGUUCCCCGGGCAGCGCUUUCCCGCGAGCCCGUCCGGACACCUGGCAGCUUCUCCAUCCCCGUCCUCUUCCCCAGGAUCAGCUCAGCUACGAGGAGCGGGCGUACGAGGGCGGGCAGUUUGCGGUGGUGGAGGUGUCGGGGAAGCCGUUCGACGAAGCCUCGAAGGAAGGGGUGCUGAAGCUCCUCAAGUACGUCGGGGGAACCAACGACAAAGGGGCUGGAAUGGGCAUGACUGCUCCUGUCUCCAUCACUGCUUUUCCUGCUGAAGACGGCUCCUUACAGCAGAAAGUGAAGGUGUGUCUGUGGAUCCCAAGCCAGUUUCAAGCCAACCCUCCUUGUCCUAGCAAUGAAAGCGUUAAGAUUGAAGAGAGACAGGGGAUGACCAUUUAUUCCACGCAGUUUGGUGGCUAUGCCCAAGAAGUGGAUUACGUGAACUAUGCUGCCAAGCUGAAGUCUGCUCUGGGAAGCGAAACCACAUACCGCAAGGAUUUCUACUUCUGCAAUGGUUAUGACCCCCCCAUGAAGCCUUAUGGGCGACGCAAUGAGGUCUGGUUUUUGAAAGAGUAAGCAUCUGGUUCCCAGUGGUGCAGACUUGCACCGAUAGCCUCCCCAUACUAUGUCUCUCUCCUCUUCAAAAUAAACUAACAAUUUGGCAGAGGCAGAAAACCAUCCUUUCCUCUCUCCACACCUAUGCCUUGGUCUUUUACGGACCAACCAUUUUAGAAGAACACUUCAGAGCCCUCUAAUGAUCCUGCUCCUUUGUUCCGGGCCAAGUCCUCAACCACACAGACUUUCAUGAUCUCUCGGUGGCCUGCUUUUAUCUCCCUCCUGCUUCCAGAGUUCAAUGCUGAGACAGCCAAAGCACUUAAUUAGCAAGACUGGUGCCUGACAGGAGUCACGUCCAAGUGCUGGCAGACUAUUAGUCUCACCUGAGGCAGGCAGAGGAAUAUGACGAAAGUGCAUACAGGGAUUUCUUUAUCUUCUUGAGCUUACUGCAGCUGUAAAAUGCUGCUUUUAUCUGUGCCGCUCCAAAAGCAGUCCAAAGGGACAUGGGCAUUGCUACUGACACACCACAGUGGAAAUAAGCAUCCUUUACAUUGACUCAUAGUGUGCAGGAGGGCAAUGCUUCUGUCAUCUGAUUGAGAAAUGUCAUUUAGGGGAAGAGCCAGGUUUCUAUUUGCAGCUAUCCUUCUGUUUGAGGUGAGACAUUUUGGGGUGUGUUAUGUCCUGAUCUCGGCUAGCAGCUGGACAAUGUGACGUGGAAACCCCAAGAUCAUUUCUUCACCUUCCUGUUACUUGUGUGUAACACAAGUUCUUUAAAACUAGCCUACACAGGAGCCAAAGGACCAAAGCUGAAAUGCGUGUGGUAAUCUAAUUGAAUUAGAAAAAUACAGGCUGC